ACUAACUAAAAACACCAGAAAUUAACAGUAUUGCAAGUUUGCAACUGAGCAAACCCUCCCACCAGCUCCUCCUCCGUCACCGCUGCCGCAACCGCAACCACAUCCGGCGGUGUCAUAGACGUCAACUGAGUACUCAUCCACAUAAAUUAUCUCAGAAAAUUCCAUAAUUUCCCGAGGAUUCCAAUCACUCUUCCACUAUUUGCGAGAAACCUCUUUUGGUGCAUUGCAAGAAGACACGAUUGAUAUAUCCGAAAGAAGCAUGGUAAUAGGAGAUAAGAAGUUGGAUAUGCUCCCGAAGAAGGAGAAGAAAUCCAAGAACAGCAAUAAGAAUGCUGCUACCAGUGGUCCAGGAGUGGCAGUGGCUGAUUCUAAAGUGGUAGAUGCUGAUUUUAGUUUUGAGAAAGAGAAGUUAUCUGCUGCAGAAACCAAGAAAGAAAGGAAUAAGGCAAAAAUGGAAACUAAAACACUAGGAGAGAGAGAUGAUCGUGAAAUCAAGAAAAAGAAAAAGAGAGAGGGUGGAACACAUCCUGGGAAGUCCGUUAAAGGCAGUGAUGAAGAUGUUGCAAUAAGUGUUCAAAAAAAGAAACCCAAUAAGUUGAAGAGAAGCCGCAAGGAUGAGCGAGAGUUAAUUCUUGAUGCUCCUUUAGACACCAAGACUAUUGCUCAUGCAAGUGCGAGUGAAACACGGGACAGUAAGAAGGUGGUUGAGACACUCAGCGAGGUCUCUGGUGGAGACGCAGUAGAGGAGAUUAGGAGGAAGAAGAAAUCCAAGAAAAGCAAUAAUAAUGCUCCGACCAGUGGUGUAGGACUGACAAAGAGUGAUGUUAGAGCUGUUGAGGGUGAUUUAAGCUUAGAGGAAGAGAAGCUGUGUGUUGUGGAAACCAGGAAAGAAAAGGAUAAGGUCAAUAAGGAAAUUAAAGCAGCAGGAGAGAGUGAAGAUUAUGAUGUUAAGAGAAAGAAAGACAGAAAAAGCAGGACGUUCAAUAAAGACGGUGCGGAGGCUGCUUUGAAAAUUGUUGAAGAAAAGAAAAGCUUAAAGAAAAGCAAUAAGUUAAAGAAAAGCUGCCGGGAUGAGCAGGAGACAAUGCAUGAUAUCAAGGAUGGACAGGGAGAUAUCAUGGCAGAAGUCAAUCAAGGUGAUAUUUCUUCAACUGUGGAAGAGAUAGAACAAAGCAGAACAGAUAAUGGUAAUAUCAGAAAGAUGAAAAAGGUAAUGUUAGAACACAGUUCUGAAGAUCCUACACAUGAAAAGAGUGAAAAGAGAGUGAGAUUCUCUGGUCAUGUUCAGAUUUUCCCUUCAUCCGGUGAUCCAAGUGAUGAGAAUCAUGAAACCGAGGAAGAAAAUUUACUGCGUGGCAAACGAUUCUCGAAAUUAGAAGAUGAAAUUGUCAAAGAAGCUGUUCAUAAGUACAUAGAUAUACAUAACUUGGGCGAAGAAGGGCUGCAAAAGAUCUUGAACUCUAGAUCUAAUCCUGAAGUAAAAGGAUGCUGGAAAGAAAUAGGGAGCGCUAUACCAUACAGGCCGUAUACUGCGGUUUAUUAUCGCGCACAGGUCUUGUUCCGAAGGAGUGAGACACGUAAAUGGACUGAAGAAGAGUAUGAGAUGGUACGAAAAUCCCACAAAGAGCACGGGAACAAUUGGAAGGUCUUGGCUGAUGAACUUGGAAAACAUCGGUUUCAUGUGAAGGAUACAUGGCGAAGGAUAAAACUGGCCAAUAAGAAGAAAGGUCAAUGGAGUCAGGAGGAGUACCAGACUUUGUUUGAUUUAGUAAACACCGAUCUGAGACUGAAGCUUUCUGAAGAGAAGAAAUCUAAGCAUGGGAUGUUACGGGAUAAUAUUGCCUGGGGCGCGAUAAGUGACAAAUUGUCCACAAGAACUGAUGCAACUUGCUGCUUGAAGUGGUAUGACCAAUUAACAUCACCCAUGGUGGCCAAAGGUGAAUGGGCAGAUGCUGAUGACUAUCGCCUAGUUGAUGCACUUUUUGAGCUGGAUGCGAGCUGCAUAGAGGAUGUGGACUGGGACAAUCUUCUUGACCACAGGCGUGGCGAGAUAUGUCGAAAGAGAUGGAAUCAAAUGGUUCUUCACAUAGGUAAACAUGGAAACAGGUCAUUUACUGAACAAGUAGAAGUUCUAGCUGAGAGAUACCGUCCUGAAUUGGUCGAAGCAAGAGAGGCUUGGGAUAGUAAACCAGUUAUUCCAUGAUAUGGCAUUACUCAGCAUGGA